AUGACGGGCAAACAGAAGGUUGAAAAUAUCCAGGCCGAUGAGGAUGAUGAACUUGACGAAUGGGACCAGAGAAUUUUUAGUACAGGUUGUGCUGAGGAACAGCUCCGAAUGAACGACUGCUAUUACGACAAGAAAGACUGGCGGUUGUGUCGGAAUGAAAUGGAGGCUUUUCGACAAUGUUGGAAGCGCAAAGGAAAUGAGGAACGCACUCUGAGCAAAGACGCCGCGCCAGAAAAAUAG